CGCAGUCUCUGGUCGUCUCCUGUACUGUGUCCGCAGUCUCUGGUCAUCUCCUGUACUGUGUCCGCAGUCUCUGGUCGUCUCCUGUACUGUGUCCGCAGUCUCUGGUCUCUCUGUACUGUGUCCGCAGUCUCUGGUCGUCUCCUGUACUGUGUCCGCAGUCUCUGGUCGUCUCCUGUACUGUGUCCGCAGUCUCUGGUCGUCUCCUGUACUGUGUCCGCAGUCUCUGGUCGUCUCCUGUACUGUGUCCGCAGUCUCUGGUCAUCUCCUGUACUGUGUCCGCAGUCUCUGGUCAUCUCCUGUACUGUGUCCGCAGUCUCU